CAUCCUCGCUCCCAGUUUACCUGCUAGCAUCAAGUUCUUAAGCAGACAUCUACCUACCUACCUACCUACCUACCUACCUACCUACCUACCUACCUUCCUCGUCCUCAACCUACCAUACCAAACCAAAACCAUACCUUUCUCCUCGCAACCCCUCCCACAAAAAUGACCACCCCCGCCCCCAAGAAAAUCCUCCUCCUCAACGGCCCCAACCUCAACCUCCUGGGCACCCGCGAACCGCACAUCUACGGCAGCACGACCCUACCGCAAGUGGAAGCCCGGUGCGCGGAGCGCGCCACCGCGCUGGGCGCCACGCUGCAGUCCUUCCAGUCGAACCACGAGGGCGCGCUGGUGGACCGGAUCCAGCAGGCGCGCACGGAGCAGGUCGACGCGAUCAUCAUCAACCCGGGGGCGUACACGCACACGAGCGUGGCGAUCCGCGACGCGCUGCUCGGGGUGGCGAUCCCGUUCAUCGAGCUGCACGUCAGCAACGUGCACGCGCGGGAGGCCUGGCGCCACCACAGCUACUUCUCCGACAAGGCGAGUGGGAUCAUCGUCGGGUUGGGGGUGGAUGGGUAUACCAUUGCGGUGGAGCACGUCAUUCGAAAGUUUGCGAAGUUGGAGUAUAACUAGCUUUUUUUCAUUCUGUGCUGGUUAUGGGAAAUGUUUG